AUGUCCAAUGUGUCUUUUGGUCCAAUGAGUUAUCUUAUGGUACAAGCAUGGUCUCCUGAAUUCGAUCCGCUGAAAGAUGAGAUAGUCACGACGCCAGUUUGGGUGCGUUUAUCGAAUAUCCCAGUGAACUUUUACCAUAAAACAAUUCUGAUGGGAAUUGCGAAAGGACUUGGAAGACCGAUCAAAGUUGAUCUGACAACUUUAAACUUUGAGAGAGCUAGAUUUGCCAGAAUCUGCGUGGAGAUUAAUCUCCAUAAACCAUUGAAGGGGACAGUAAUGAUUAAUGGUGAGAGGUACUUUGUCUCAUAUGAGGGAAUCUCAACUAUUUGCUCGACAUGUGGUAUGUAUGGACACCUAGUUCACGCAUGCCCACGGAAUGUUAUUGAGAGAGCCCUUGCACCUGUGACCAAUCCACUGAACAUGAACCUUCAGAGUACCGAAGUAACAGGGAAUGAGACGGACUUUACACCAGCGAGACAUUCAAGGAGAAAGGCUGAGCAACAAAGGAGUACAGGGAGCUCUAUGAGAAGUAAUGAUGGGAGAGCUAUGAGUGGGAGUAAGAUAAGAGAAGUACGUAAUGCGGAUGUGGCGAAGGAAGUAAUGGUGUCGAAUAGAUUCGGAAGUUUAGGUGAGGAAGAGGUGACAGAGGUACGAGAGGAUGAGGAGGGAAGAAAUGAUGAAAAUAAAGAAAAUGAAAACAAUGUGAACAUGAGGUUGGGAGACUCGAGUGGAACGCGUGUGGAAGCAAUGGCCUUUGGUGCAACGGGGAACAAAGGAAACCAGUUGUUUACUCGAGUGGGCUCUAAAGAGAAGAAGACAAGUCAUAUGAGAAACCCAAAUGUCCAAAAGCCCAAAUCGAAAGUUAUUGGGCCAACGCGGGGACUUGUUUUUGGUCCAACUAGAGGUGAAAUCGACAUGACGGUGAACGGAAAACGUUUACGAGUUGAGAAGGAGAGUAUCGGUAGACCAGGUGGGGUUUUCGCCGGAGAUGGGGACUCAGCUGAGAAGGAGAGUCAUUCCAGCCUUGCUGGGGAACAGAGGAGUACGGGAAAAGAGAUCUCACUCACUGAUGAUUUGGAUCCUCAUUUGGAUCAAGUGGGAGAGGCCCUGAAGAGCAUGGAGGCAUAA